AUGAACUCAGGCCAGCCCUGGGUCCCUCAUAUUUGCUCUCCGAGUUUAGGUUUUUGCAUUCCAAAAUUGGAUUCCCAUUCCCCCAUGCCAAUGAACCCACGACUGUUCAAAGAAGACUUCUACAUCGACUUUCAGCAUCUUCUAUCUCAGAUGCCUCGCUACCCGAUGUCAGAAGGACCUCCAGAAACUGAGGCCACCCGGAAUCCAGGUGGAUCCCCCCCCCAUGCUCAGACCACGGAGAAAACGCCAGCUCCUCAGGAAGAGCUGGCCAGUUGUCGACAGAAGGCCAAGGUGUGUCGAUGGCUCUUGGAGGCCCUGCGACACAUGCUGCAGUCCAUGGCCUUCCAGGAGGAAGGCAAGCUUGAUGUGGCCCUGGUGAACCUCAGCGGCACACUGGGCCGCUUCGCCGCCCGGGAGGCCCUGCGCCGGGCACAGGCACGAAAGCCGAAAGCGGCUUGCUGCAUUUUACCCGGCCACUCCAGCAUCUCCCGUGCCACUGCACAGUAUGCCCUUGGUCAGUUCUUGAUCCUGCACAAAGUGGCAGGUGGUGGCUUCGUGGGCCACACUGCCAUCGGAGCCAUCCCAUGGCAGAAGAUAAACCUUAGAACAUCCUGGCUCGCCCUUUGGGAACUUAUCUUGCAGCGCUUUAUUCCUCCCAGGAGCGUUGAUGCAGUGCCGAACACACCUCCUGCGGAGAUCAAACUCGCUGAGAACGACGAAGAAGAAUCGAUGCUUUGGAAGAAAACCUACAUCAUCGACUGUGACGACUUUCGACGCUGUGGUCCUGCCGCGAGGUCUCAGGUUUGCCCUCAGCCCUUGGUGUUUUUGGUGGCCCAGAAAGGUCAAAAGCAGCUGCAACCUGGGGAGAAGAGGUCCUUCAUGGAGACAGCUGGCUGUGCUUCAGUCUAUCUCGAGGGCACCGAAUAUGGCAUGCCCAUCAUGUUCUUGGAGGCAGAGAACGCGGAGGUCACCCACGACGCCCUGUCGAAAUCUUUGCAAGGCAUCACUGCUGUACUUCGAGAGAAGACAGACUUUGCCCUUUGCUUGGAUUUGCGCGAGAUGAGGAGUGCGCGGUUUCCGUACUGUGUGGAGGUCAAGAGGCCAGCGAUGAGUGACAGCCGCACUGUGAUCAAUUGGAUGAACGAAGAGGUCAUGGUGGCCAACAGCUGGGCCGGGAUGGCCAUCAGCACAGGUACCAAGAUUAUCCAAAGCCUUUGCAAUCCUGCAAAGCCGGAUGCACGGGAUGCCUUCUUGAAGGAGUCCAUCGUAAAGCAUGUGGCUUCCAAAUGCGACAGCAGGUUCCGACGUUGGGCUGAAAGAGGUGCGGAAGAGGAUUAUGCCACCCAGCUGCGGGAACACCUGAAAGAUGGUCUCGACCAAUUGGUGCCACCGAAAAGCGAUCGAGCGGUCAAUUACAGUAAGGCAGGCACGGAUGUCAGUAUGAGCAUUCGCUUCUUCAAGGUUCAAGGUGUGGAUGCAUCGGCUGGGCAGAUGCGCCUGAAAGUGUGGGUGCGUUUGCAGUGGAUCGAUCAGCGGUUGAGUUGGGACCCCGCGGCCUUUGGUAACGUGUCGCAGGUGAACUUCUACGCAGGGGACAGCACCGAUGCAGAAGGAACCGAGAUUUGGGUUCCAGAUAUUCAGCUGUACAAUUCCAAUGUCGGAACUCAAGCAUCCUUGGACAAGUCCACGGCGAUGGUCUACAGCGAUGGCAGCGUGUUUUGGUCGAGACCUGGGCUCUUGGAUUCGCUGUGCAAGUUCUCGGGCCUCGUGGCGUUUCCCUUCGACAAGUUGAAAUGCGCCAUGGAGUGGGGCGGUUGGGCCUUUUCGGAUGGCUUUCAGGGGAUUGGUAUUCAAGGCGAAGGCUAUACGUUUCUGAACUCAGAAGACACCGCCGGCGCUUCAUAUCAAGAAUACUCUAUCAAAGCCGUGCGGGUUGAUGUGAAGACGACCUUUUAUGAAGCGGUCCCAGAACAUCCAUGGACCAUUGUGAAAUACACCAUCGAGCUGAACCGUGCCAGCUUCUACUAUGACUUGCUGGUGAUCCUGCCCACGGUGCUCAUUACCUAUCUCUCGUUUGGAGUCUUCUUCAUGUCUUUCGAAGUGGGCGAGCGCUUGUCCUUUGGCAUCACCUUGCUGUUGGUGGUGGAGGUCAUGAAAGCAACCGUGGCGACCUUUAUCCCAGUUUGUGGCGAGACCCUUUGGGUCGACCUCUUCAUGCUGGUGAAUACUGCUUUUUGCUGCACCAGUUUGCUGGAGACCAUGGCAGUUCUGUUCUUUGCUUUCCAUAUGGAUGAACAUUUGCUCCCCAGCUGGCUUGCAUGGAUGGCUCCGUGGAUGUUGUGCGAGAAGGACCCGCAACGACCUGAACAAUCGCAAGCAGGCAGCAUUUAUCGCCGCUUGAUUGCCGGAGUGAAAUCUGGAUCGAAGUCUGAAGCGGAAGAUCCGACCAGCAAGAUCUCCCAGCAGCUCAAAGAAAAGGAGGGCCUCUCCGAGACAGAUACAGCCAAGCUGAUUUUCUUCGAAAACCUCUUUUACUUGACGGACUCCGGUCACGAUGGCUUGAUCGAGGUGGAGGAGGCUUGCCAGAUGUUGAGCUUCGUGAACUUGAGUAUGUCCCGGCCUACCUUGGAGGCGUUUAUCCACGAGAAAUGGCCAAAUCACAAAGACGGUCUCACAUGCAGUGACUUCAUGGAGAUUUGUUUGGAGCUGAUGUGGGUCACUCCCUUUGAAGAGAUCCGCAUGGGCGCUGAGAACUACAACAGUAGCUGCUCACGACGUACAAGGCUGAACUCCGCAUAUUGGUUGAGCUGGUCAAAGGCUAUCGACCGAUGGGCCCGCUUUUGGUUGCCGAUGCUGUAUACCAUCUCACUGGGAAUCUUAUUCAACCUGGAGUUUACUGACGACUACGAGACCGGUGGCUCCACCAUGUUUCAAGGCUUUGGGCCAGUGUUCGUGACCGCAGCCGGCGUCUUCCGAAUGUUGGUCAUGCCCUUCUUCGGGCUUGUCUGCAUUGCUGCCUGGGUCUACAUGAAGCGUCGCGCCAUGAAGAAAACGACCAGGAGCAGCCAAGUUCAACCAGAGGAGGACACAAAGAAGGUGGUGGUCCCUCGUUGGUCCGUGAAGCAGCCUGUCACCACUGAAGACAUUGAGUGA